GGAGCCGUCUAUUUACAGCUGAGGCGUUCAGAUCUGCCUCUCAUGUCUGUGAUAGCCACAACAAUAGCUUCCAUUUUCCUCAUCAGCCUCAGGCAUAAUCAAUACAGUCAAAAAAUAUGAUGCUAUUACAGGGUAAAGAUUUUUUUGGUCCAGUCUGCCCAGAUGUCUGCAACCAAAUCACAACCAGCACUGCCCACAGCUGAGGAGAAACUGAUGAAUCAUAUAUUGAUCUUAUGUCUCACCGGUGAGAUGAGAAUGUGUUUUGGCUUCUGGUAACCUCAAGUGACCUGACAACAUGUGGUGUGGUGUGUUUGUGCUCCCCUCCUUGCCCUUUUAACAUCCAGCCUGUCUCCACCGGCUUCCCGCACCCGUGAGGACGCAGCGAUGCCCCAGCAGCAGAGGGAGGAGGACCUGUCUCCGUCCCGCCGCCUCGGCCUGGCUUACCCCCGCCUCCAGACACUGAAGCCCGGCCACGACUUCCCAUGAGGCCACCACCAGAACUCAGCUUGACCGCUCUGUAUGGGGCCUCUCACAUAUGAAUUGACAUGGAGGAUGAAGAUGGGACUUGUCUACUUGAUGUUUUGUGUGACCCCCAAGCCCUGAACGACUUCCUUCAUGGGACCAAUGAGCUGCAGACUGAAGACCUGCUCAUUAACUCCUCCUCUGGGGAGCCCUCCCUCUUCACAGAUGCCCCGAGCCCCGUCUCUCUGCUGGGAGACGGCAGGGAUUCCCCAGACACGCCUCCACCCGGGUGUGUGGAUCUGUCCUUCCUGGAGGAGGCCCUCCUGUCAUCGCCAGAGGGUGGAGAAGACCCACAGGUGGUGCAGGGCGGGCCACCUGUGGCGGGUGGAUGUGAGGCGAAGAAGGGAGAAGUGCAGGAAGUGGAGGAGGCGGAGGUGGCGUGUGAUAUCCUCCAGCAGAGCCUGCAGGAGGCUGAGAUCACGGAGCAGACCAUGGCACUGGAGGCAGGUCUGGCUCAACCUGGGGACAGUCUGUCCCUGUACUCACCUGCUCCUCUCCUCUCUCCUCCCACCAUACCAUUUGUACCCAAGUCUGUGACCUUGCCAGUCACCCCGGCGUUGCCCAGAGACACCCAGGCAGCAGUGGAGCCUCCCCAGCCCUCCCUCCUGGCUGUCGGGCCUGGUUGCCCUUCACUGAAACCUGCUGCCCCGCCUCAGCUGAUGGGGCUCCUGCCUGGAAAUGUGUUCCCUGCCCCUUCUCCAGAGACCUCCUUCUCUCUGAGUCCUGCCCAGGGCUCCAGUAUGAUCAUCCACAAGGCUGUCCCCAGUGUGACCACUCGUCCUCUUAUCACUCCAACCCUGAGAGCAACGGCAGCAGCACCAGGAAUCGUCCUGCAGAGGGCCCCUCUCCCCAUCCAACCCAAGCUCCCCAUCAGCAUUCAGCCCAGACUGGUUCAAAUUAGCCCCAAGCCUUCUGGGCAGAAACACACUCCAGGUCUUACAUUUGUCCCCGGGACUGCCUCACCAAAUAUUUUACUGUCCCAACCCCCAGGCCAGAAGCCCACAGCUCCACCACCGCAGCCCACCCAGCAGCUCCCCAAACCAGUCAGCCUGCAGCUAGUCAACCAGGGCGGCUCCUUUGUGCUCCAGCCUCAGGGACUUUUCCAAGGCCAAAACCAGUUCCUUCUUCCAGGCCAGUCCCCUGUUACAAUCUCCCAGCCUGCCAGUGCAGCUCGACCACUGCUGACUCCCAGUCACCAAGGCCCGUCGGUCCACAGCGUGACUCCCACCACUGGGCAGCUCGUAGACGGCUCUCAGAUCCUAACUGUGCCCCAAAGACAGCUGAACUUCAGCCCUGUCUUCACCACCCCCACAGGGCAGCUAGCGCUCCGCCAGGCUACUGUGCUUUCAGGACCCUUACAUCUACAGUCAGCGCCCCCUACUGUCUUCCAGAUGCCAGCACAGCUGGCUGGAACCUACACUCCUGGAGGGCAGGGGCAGCGUGCUACCCUGGUUCACAGUCCUGCUCUUGGAAACCACAUUACCUUGAUUAACAGUUCGGGGGUGCUUCCUCCAGAUCUCACUUCCAUCUCAAUAGUUAACGGCCCCUCGGUGGUUCAGGGGCUUCCUUUUGCUGCCCAGGCCGCGGCCCCUCAGGCAGGAGUGACCGAAGGACAGCUGAGCCUCCAGCAUGCGUCUGUGGUGCUGCUGCCAGAGAGAGCUGUCCAAGAAGAGAGGAGCAGUUCAGAGGAGACUUUCCACCAACUACCACAGCCCUAUGGACAUGUGCUCCAGCACGUCUCAGUACAGCCCACCUCAGCAGGGCUGCAGGCCUCCUCUCCUCCUGUAGUCACAGUCCUCCAGCCUCCUCCUGAACCACCUCUGGCUCCCGAUCCAGCUGCGGAGAUGCCCAAACUUUUGAUGCCCCCAGCAGACAUGACCCAAGUAGUGGAAGAGGUGGCCCACUCGAUGAGUCAGAACCAGGCCUUUAUGCAACAUCUGCAACAGCAAGCACUUAGCUCUCCCAUCGCAUCUGAAUUACUGGUUGGAGCGCUGCCAGUGGUGCCGAUGGAGUCUCUUGCGUCCCCCGUGGCCAAUGAGAGAGAGACUCAACCCCAGACCCAUGCAGUCCCUGGUCAGGAGACUCACACCGCGAUGUCUGACCAGUGUGUAGAAGCUUCUCCGCUUCACUCAGACCCUGAGGACACACCGCUGCUCUGCUCCUCCCCUCCCAUUCAGGACACCGGGAGGACAGCUCCGGCAACUUUCUCCCCUCCAGCAGGACCUCAGAUUACCCUACCCGGACCUGAGAGUUCAGUCCCCCAGACCACAGCUCCCCAGCCCCUCAUCGAGCCCCAAGUCCAGUACCAGGUCCCUCGUCAGCACCAGGUCUCGCAGGCGUUAUUUGCCCAGAACCAGGUGCAGAUCCAGUCAUCCGUUUCCCAGGCCCAGGUCCAGGUCCAACCGUCUGUGACCCAGCCUCAGUCCUCGACUCACACUUCAGUCCACAGCAGCCCCUCCUCUCUGCUCGUCAGCGUCUCGGUGCCUCAGCAGCAGCCUGAUCCUGCAGCUGCUAGUCUCUCCAAAGGAGGAGACGACUCCGCUGUCCAACAGCACACACAAAACAAGCCAACAGCUGCCUUGGCCGUGGAGAGCAAAGCGUUUACUCUCGAUGUCCAUCCACCCUCUCCUGCAGCCCAGGGUGUCCAGGUUCACGGGCCCCCAGCCCCCAGAGAGUGUGCCCCCACCCAGAUGAACCAGCAGCCCGGCACCAAGCUGGCAGGUCCGCUGGAGCAGCAGCAGAGAGAGGAGAGGCUCACACCAGCAACGCGCAGGCACAGGUUCCAGCAGCAACUGUGUUUGGACCACGGAGCAGUUCAGCGCCCGUUCACCGGCCCGGCCUUUUCCACCCUGAAGGACGCAGUUAGACGCCUGCUGCCGUACCACACCUGCGCUGGUCACCUGCCGACUCAGAAUGACUUCAGUUUAGUGGACCAGGAGUUUGACACUGUGUCUGGUUUCCUGCUGAAACGCACCAAGGACAUGGUCAAUAAAUACAGGCAGCUACUGGUUAGAGAAGCCCAGCAGGAGAGUCCAUCAGCAGAGAUGGUGAUGCUGGAGCGUCUCUUCCUUCAGGCCGAGCGAUACGCUUUAGCAGAGGACAGACGGCGAGCCCGCAGAGACCCAGAGUCAUUCAUGACGGCCUUGGCUACAUCAGCGUCUUCCCCUCUUGGUGCCCAAUCCUCUGGCCCCUCCCACCUGCACUCCUCUGGCAGCCCCUCCUCUCCACCAGCUUGGACCAGACUGUCUGACCGGCCCCCAGGACUGAAGACGUACCGCUCCAGCUCCCGCGGGGCUCUCAGACUCACCAUCAAGCAGGAGUCCGGCUCCCGUAAGGUGGUCCACAACUCGGCCUGUGACCCCGGACUCAAGAGGGAUCACACGGGGCAGCUGACCAACGGCGGUGGAGCCGUGAACGAACGCCACUCUCAGGCACCCAACGGAGCACCCCAGCAUUCUCAGCAUGAUGGGGAGAUCUCCAACGGAGCUCUGCCUGGUAACCCUGCAGAGGAGGUCCCACAGACAGCACCCAAUUCCAAAAUAAAAGCCCCCAAUCCUCUUUCUAUGCCAGAGCCACAGGCCGCUUGCUACGAGUUGCCUCCCAGAGAUGUCAGUGCCCCAAAACUGAAAUGUUACAGGCUGGAUGCGUCGCCUCAGCCGGAGCAGCGGUUCAGCCCGCCGCCUCCACCCCUCCAAGAGGACAACAUGCUCAGUGAACAUCUACAGAGUGCCAUCGACAGCAUCCUGGAGCUCCAGCGCCUGCAGGGCCCCUCUGCAGCCCCAACCAGGGCCACGUCAGGCCCUUCACUGGACCAGGCUGUCACCAGCAUCCUGGAGGGACACCUGUGAGGUAAUCUGCUCUGACAGACGUCCACACAGAUACAGAAACAUCUGUCUGAGGUGGGAUAAAACAGAGGGAGGCGUACUUGACUUCUUAUCUGUUCCCAGAACUAAAAGAGAUUUUGCUUCUGGGUUUCAGAUUUUACUUUUAAGGAACGGAUUGUUUGAAAGAAGAGGGAGGAGGAAAAAAAAUGAAGAGGCACUAUAAAGAGAUGCAUACCAGACAACAGCACUAUCUAUAGUCCGAUAGAUGUUAGAUACUUCAUUUUGAUGUACGUUUGUGGAAAAAAAAAAUCUAUUUGAAUAGGAGCUAUAUUGUUUCAGUGGUAGUUAAGUCAUUCAGAGGUUUACGACACUGGUGUAACCUUCAUCAGCAUAUAGUAUAUAAGUAAUAGUGAGGAUAACGAAAACGUGGAGUAGACUGAGAUUAUUCAAUAGUUUUUUAUAAGAUUUCUUUCAAAAAAAAUGUGAAGUUUCUUUUGCAUAGUGCCAAGCUUCCAGGGUAUUUAUUUUGAUAAUCUGUGCCAAUUGUGUUUUCAGAUGAGUUGCAUUGAGAAAGGCAGUGAGUGUGUGACGAGUAUGUGAGUGUGUAUGUGUUUUCAUUUGGAAAUAAUUUGCGUGGAUCUAAAGAGUGAGUGUGUGAAAACAUUGCAUCCUGCGACGAAGACGGUACAUUUAAAAAAAAUAAAAAAAUCCCGCAGGCUCCAUCAUCUCGGCUUAACGAAUGAAACUCCAAAGAAUUUGUGACUUGCUACAUCCUGAAUACACCAGCAAAACGUCCAUGUUGUGUCUCUUCCCACAAACUGGAGUCUGUCUUUGUUAUAGCAGAAAGAACCCGAGGGGGCACAGAAAAAAAAUUAGGCAGAGUCAUGCUUUUUUUUUUUCGUUUGGACUUUUGUUGUCGCUCAUGCUGGAGUCUGACUGUGAACUAGUCUGUUUUCAGAGACAAGAAUGGUCUCCCAUACUGUAUGUAUUAACAUGCAAGCAAUAAUGAGUUAGGGUUGUUAGGAGCAGUGGUGGUGCAGUGAGGAGGAAGAGGAGGAGGAGGAGGAGGAGGAGGGAGAUCUUUGCCUGUUUUGCUUAUUGUCGUCAUUGGAUAAAAACCCAAGUUUGUUUUUCCAGGAAUGAAAGCAGCUUAUUUUGUCAUCGAAGCCCGUGUAGUUUAGAAAUUGUGUUUCUAACAUGUUUCAAGGGCUUGAGGGUCACUUAACGGCAUAACUGACCAUGAAAAACGAAAAAACGUCUAGUUCAAGAGACAAAAACACCAAAACCGCAGUUGUUUUUUUUCCACGACAGACACUGUACAGAACUUGAGCCUCUCUGCAUCAUCAAACAGCCUUUGACCAAAAAACUAGAGGAAUCAUCUGCUUCACAUUUUUUCCACAUUUCAAAGUUGACUUCUCUUUAUUUAUUAAAAUCACUGGUCUAUAGCCCGCUGUACUAAGCCGAAGAUUUUAUUUUCACGCAGCCAUUUUGGAGCAAUAUAUAAUUUUCGCAGCAUCUUAUGUUAAUGUGACAAUCUUAUUGGUCUGAGUGAAAAUGUGAAUUUUGUUCAUAUGAAAUUGGUAAGAGACAGAGAGAGAGUUGAGGUCAUUUGUAUCAGUUGUACGACUCUCCCUCAUGAAACGUGUGCAAAAUAUUCUUUGUAGAUGGAUUUUACCUUGAAGGUCAAAAUGUUAAUUUUUGUAACAUAAAUUGAAAAUGUGCUUCAAAAUUUUAGCUUUUGGAGAUGUGUGUAGGGGUCAUGGUUUGACUUGCAAAUUGGAAAUGUUAUGAAUAUGCCUUUUAAUUCAGUGUACCUUUAAGGAAAUGGAAUCUGCAAAGAAAAGAUAAUUAAUGUGAAGUUUAAAAUACUGUAACAUCUGGUGUUCUGAAAUGUGAAAGUAACCUGUCCCUUCAAAAAAAGAAGAAAAAAAAAACAUAGAAAUUUGGGGCUAAAUCAAACAGGACUUCUCAUUUCUUAAAUUGCAUUGUCAUUUUUUAUAUGUGAAAUUGUCUUUUGUUGGAAUGAACAAAGGAGUUAUAAUAUGCAGUAAUUUAGUGUUGAAACUCUCUGCAGUCGUUUGGGUAGACACACACUUGAGGAUUCAUAAAGGAAUAGGUUGAUAUUUUGGGGAAUACAGUUAUGGUUUUUUCCUAAAUUGGAUGAGAAGUGUGAUAUCACUCACAUGUCCGUAAGGUAAAUAUAAACCAACAGUUAGCUUAGCUUAGCAUAAAGUUUGGGCACAGGGGGAUACAGCUGUUUUGGACUCCAACAGUCAGCUGUUUUCAGAGAAAAGCUCUAAAAACCUACUGUACACUACCUGCUCAGUACUAAACAACAGAUGGAAAAAGUUAGAGAGGAGCUGGUGAACAUAGUGAAGCCAGAUCUUUCCUGCAGGAGUUGGUGGAGACAAAGGAUAGGAACUAAAACAGUGAAUGUUGAACUUAAAUCUCCUACGCAGCCACAAACACAACUCCAAAUUAGUGAUAAUAUUGCUCUAUAACUGCUGAGUAAAUAAGCUACUGUCUGAUAACAAAAAAUUAUCUACUACCUAUCGACUUAAAAAUAAUACAUUAAUAGCUGGGUUGCUUUGCUCACAUCAAUUUGCAAAUUAAAUAAACCUGAGUGGGAGAGGCUGCUGGCUGUAGCUUCAUGUUUACUGUGCAGAUAUGAGAGCUGUAUCAAUCUUUUAAUUCUCAGUAAGAAAGCAAAAAAUUAUAUUUACCAAUUUGUCCAUUCCUUUAACAGAAUUUGUCCCAAAAUAAAAAUCAGAAAAUGUGAGAACUGAUUAAAUCUUCAGGUGUGUUUCUACCCUCACAGAGGUUUCACUGUAAUGCAGUAAAGAUGUCAGAGUGUCUUUCAUAAACAGGAUUGCACUCCUUGUCACCGCUAAACUUCUUAAAAAGGGGAAUUCCACCAAAAUGUACUUUCGUUUUUAUUUUCUUUAAAGAAGCACUUCCAAAAGUUUGCCAAAAUUUUCUCUUUAAUAAUUCAAGGACACUCAAAACAAACGAGAAAUAAAUUCUCAAGUCAACUUUGAUGGAAUCCCCUGCAAUGAAGCAGCCUCAUGUGCCAUUGUUAUUGUUGCAUUAUGUCAGCAGUGUCAAACACUGACCAUUAGAAACAUGCUUAGUUUUCUCAGCAUUUUAGGACAAAGGGAUCACAUCUGCAUGUUGAGCCAUCUUUGUUAUUUAUUUGUAAAUGUAUUUUAAUUUUUCUGACUGAACUGUGAAACCAGGGGAGUUCAUAACUCUUACACUAAUUCAACUUCAGAUACAAAACAUUUGACUGACAGAUUGUUCUGAUGCCAAAAUCAAGAGGCCUUAAUUCAGCAAAACUAGAUUGUAAAAAAAAAAAAACAAAUGUCAUUCCUGACAAAAAAAAAUCCAACUAAAGACUCCUUUGACCUGAAAGUCAUGAGUGAUUCAUAUAUGAAAUGUUAAGAAAACCGCUUUUGUACUCAUUUUUACAGACUAUUUAUUAAACUGUGAUUUUGUAAGAAAUAAAAAAACAAACGGUGAA